CAGAAUACCCGGCAGACGACUAGCCUUCACCAGGAUAGACUGAUAAGGCGAUUCACACAGAUCUCCACUACUGGAAUGAAUUCCAGUACAAAGCAGUGAAUUGAUUGACUCUCGCACAACCAAUUCACCACUAUCAAUCAAGGAAGCUCUCUUAACCUAAUCAGAUUCUAUCUAUCAUAGGUUAAAGCAGAAAUCAAGAGAAUCUGAUCAAGAUUCAAUUGACUCAAUAAGUCAUUCCUCAAUCGAUUAUAAUCAAACAAUAUAACAUCCAAAACUUCAUACAAGAAAGAUCUUAACACAUGGAACUAGGGUUCCUCAAAACCUAAGUGAAGGGAAGUUACUCCAUAGAGAAGAGAGAGACUGCAGAAAUAUGAUCUAGAUCUUCAAUCUCCAUCUUCAAGCUUGAUUCCCGAGCUCCAAUGGCGAAGAAAUCCUCCAAAAUAGCUCCAAGAAUGUUCCCAAGUCGCUCUCUCUCUCUCUAGGGUUCGUCCUUGGGUGUUUGGGAACCAAAACCCAGCCCCCCCUCUCCUUUGGCUGGAAAUUGGCUUAAAACCAGAAAUUCCCGACUCACACGGCCAGGCCACACGGCCGUGUGACUUUCCCAGCUGCCCGUGUGAGUGUCCAAACGCGGCGUUUCGAUUAGUGGGCAACCAGGCAAGCUGCACGGGCAGAGACCACACGGCCACAAGGGGCCCCUACACGUUUGUGUGAGGUGCAAUGGUGCCCGUGUGGCUUCCCAGCUUCUCGCCAAACGUCCAAACUUCGUCCAAUCGACCCCGAACUCGUUCUCAAACCUUCAUUCACGUACUAGGACCUGAAAUAUCACAAACAAGCACAACAUAGCGUGAAAUCGGCCUAAAACACGAGGAUCAACGUCUCAAACGGCUCAGGAAUAGGGGUAAAAACAUGUGCAAUUAACGGUUUAUCACUUAUUCCAGGUUCUUGGAGUAUUUGGAUAAGGAUAGAGUGAAAAAUGUGGACUUGUUUGAGAAAGGGACAAUUGCUAUUGUUGAGGCUGUUUCACCUGAGCUUGGUAACCGGGUACAACGAGUCCGCGUACAACUUCCUGGCCAUAGCCAAGAGCUUCUUCAGAAAUUCCGAGUAAAGAACAUUGACUUUGCAGCUCAUAAUGCUCAAGAAGACUCUGGCUCUCUCCUUUUUAACUUGAUUGGAAACCUCGCUUUUCCUUUACUCUUGAUAGGAGGGCUUUUCCUCCUCUCUCGACGUUCCUUCGGAGGAAUGGGUGGUCCUGGGGGCCCUGGUUUCCCCCUUACCUUUGGUCUGUCUAAGGCAAAGUUCCAAAUGGAGCCCAACACUGGUGUAACAUUUGAUGAUGUUGCUGGAGUUGACGAAGCAAAGCAAGAUUUCAUGGAAGUCGUGGAGUUCCUAAAGAAGCCCGAGAGAUUCACUGCGGUUGGGGCUCGUAUUCUGAAGGGUGUCCUUCUUGUUGGUCCUCCAAGCACUGGGAAGACUCUUCUAGCUAAGGCCAUCGCCGGUGAAGCUGGUGUCCUUUUUUUUUUUUUUGGCUAAAUUGCAAGAUUGGUCACUUGAAUUACUAGAAAAAUUCACGUUAGCCACUAGAAUUACUUUAUUCCAUUCGUAGUCACUUAGAUUAGGUUAACAGUUCAAGUUUGGUCACUGGCCGUUAGUCUCCGUUAACUUUUGCUGAUGUGGCAGUCAACUCUUAUAGUUGACCGUUAAAUGAGUGACGUGGCAAUUAAAAAAUUAAUAAAAUAAUAAAAUUAAAUUCUUAAU